AGUGGAGUUCAAAGACACCGCCGGCUCGUCAUCGCUUAUUUUUAACCUCAUGCGUUGAAAUGGUGAUCUUAUCGGAGGAACUACAACCAAACGGCUCGCUCUGCCUCCUCUCCGGCUGAUUAUUAGUCGCCAUUGCGCAGUCAAUGUUAUUAAGAGUGUUUGCGCUCGCGUUAGUGCGCGUCGCUGCAGAUCAUUUCUCUCUCAGUGGACCACUAGAGGUGGACUCUCCGUCAGUCUGUUUACACUGAGGACGCCUUCAAUUGAGCCUUUAUCUCCAUAACUGACCCACAGAAGGACACUGACACCAUGUUUGAAACCAGAGGAAUCCCCUUUAUAUUGCUUGACAUUGCGUGCCUAAUACUCGCUGGCCUCCCGCUUGCAGCGUUUAACCUGGGUAAAAUCAAACCGUAUCAGCGGGGCUUUUUCUGUAAUGAUGAGAGCAUCAGCUAUCCCUUCCACUCCAGCACAGUCACCUCCACUGUGCUCUACACAAUGGGCUUCACACUUCCAAUUUGUAGUAUGAUCAUAGGGGAGUGCCUUUCAGUCUAUCUAAACUGCGUCAAAUCAAAGUCUUUCUGCAACAGUUAUGUGGCCUGUAUCUAUAAGGCCAUUGGCACCUUCUUGUUUGGUGCCGCCAUGAGCCAAUCACUCACUGACAUUGCCAAGUAUUCCAUCGGCCGGCUGAGGCCACACUUCCUGGAUGUGUGCAGACCGGACUGGAUGCAGAUCAACUGCACAGGAGGGGCUUACAUUGAGGACUUCGUCUGCAAUGGGGAUUCAACCAAGGUCAAUGAGGGAAGGUGCUCAAGGAGCAGAAUUGGACACCCCUGCACUAAUGGGUGUCCUGCUCUGGAUGGAAGAGUUGCAAGAAAGCUUUAUCUUCAAGCAAGAAUGCAAGCCGAAUGGGCACGGCUCCUUCGCCCAACGCUCCAGUUCUUCCUGAUCGCUGCCUCCGUCUAUACGGGACUGUCCCGUGUCUCAGACUACAAACACCACUGGAGUGAUGUACUCGCAGGACUCAUACAAGGAGCCAUCGUGGCUUUACUAGUGGUUUUCUGUGUGUCGGAUUUCUUCAAAAAGAAAGUCGAACCACAGGAGGCGGCAGAGAUCCCACACACCACCUUACAAGAGACACCUACGAAUGGAAAUCAUUAUGAAAACCCAAACUAAGCUAUGAUGAGCCUCUGUGGAUGGGAAGGGGUUUCAGCGUGCACCCACUAUGAGGGCAGACCACUAGGGUGGAAACCUGUGAAUGUAACCAUGCUUUCUAUGUUCUCCAGACGCCCCUUUCUGGGGAUUUCUCUAUGGACUCUGUCCCACGUUGCCUUGGCUGGACUGCUUCUGCUGCUACCACAGCUUCCUCUGUAUCUCCAAAAACUAAUGUGUGUACCUCUAUUAAGCCACAAAAGAAAAACCUUUUUUUAUCUGUAUGAAAACAAGAAUCACUAUACAGUCU